AUCUUUCUAAUAUGGAAUCUGGCGUGUCUGCUGCUUUAGCACUCGGCGCUGAAGCUGUAGUAAAGUUAAACAAGUUGCUGAAGGAUACUCAAACAGCAAAGUCUUGGUAUGGUGAUUUUUAUGAUAUGUUUACUAGCAAUCAAUUAUGUGUCUGGAAUGGGCGCCAGAUUAAUCGCGUUUUCGUCGUCAAGAAAGAGGAGUGGGUACCCGUGAUAAGGAAAUGUCUUGAUGACUGCCAUAGGUGGCUUCCUCAUUCUAACGGAAUGCUCUUGGCUUCAUAUUUAUCGGGCGUCCUGGCAUUGGCAAAUGGAGCAAAUGUGGACUAUGAGGAUUCCGGGAAAGGUGGCUUUGUUGCGUCUUUGGAUGCCCGGGAUUUUGUCAUCACGAUUCAACGGGACAGUGCCGCCACGCAAAUGACAGGACACCUCGAGCCUAGGGAUCAUCCAGAAACGAGUUGUCGAGUGAUCUCUGAACCAAAAUGGACCAACCUCCUGUGGUAUGGACAUACAUUUGAGGAAGAUGACCCUAUCAUGAGCUGGCCUCGUAUUGACGAGCAAGGGGGUCCGCCUGAAGAUCUGGUGGAAGAAAAAUACCACUUUGCGCUCUGUAAUAUAGUGAUGGAUGAUGCUAGACGAAAACUUCUUGCAAAGAAGCUUCGUGAAAGCAUACAUCAGUGUCAUCAAGCCUGGGAACAAGUGGAGAACGAAAAUAAACUCCGUGGUGUUGAAGCAGAUGAAGUCAAAAAGAUCAAGGAAAACCUCAGGAAGAAGAAAGUUAUACUAUGUGAUGAGAGAGGGACAGAUUAUGUCUUAGAACAAACGCCUGAAGACACCCUUGACUAUGCGAAAUCGCAGCGGCAGCAGGCGGAUUCCUUUGGGGAAAGAUACAAGCAGCGAGAUUUGGUGGGACAUCAUAAAAGAAUCUAUGCUCUAACGCGACUUCUGACCCUUCCUAAGAUACUUAACAAAAAUUUAAGUACCAGAUCACGGGGCAUAAACGUCGCCUUAGCAUAG